GUACUUAUCUCCAUCUAUGGAAUACGCCCGGCAUUAGUUUCAAUCAUCAAGAAAACACCAGAAGGGAAAUUGAUAGAUGAAACCUAUGUUGUACUAAUACUACUUGGAGCUUUAUUCAUGGGAUUUACCACUGACUUCUUGGGCAGUUCCAUUCUCUACGGGCCUAUCAUUCUAGGCUUUAUCGUACCGGAUGGACCACCUCUUGGUUCAAUUUUAGUAGAGAAGGGAGAGUGUUUUGUCUCAGAGUUUCUUCUGCCAUUGCUCUUUGUCCGCGUUGGCUAUGAAUUAGAUGUGCGUGCCAUGGGUGACUUGAGGACCGCUUUCACAUUUAUGGCCAUCCUAUUUGCUGGUUACUUUGCCAAGUUUUUGGGAGUUUUUCUGGCUUCACUAUCAUUCAAGUUGAGGCCCAGAACUGCUUUCUUGCUUGGCCUCAUUAUGAAUAACAAGGGCAUCAUUGAGAUUGUCAUUUAUUUUCGAUGGAAGAGGAUUAAGUAUAUAGAUGAGCAAACUUUUGCUGUAUUGAUGUUCUCCUCGCUGGCUAUGACUGCAAUUAUAGCUCCAUUCACAGGCAUGCUAUACAAGCCAAGGGUAAGACUGGCUUCAUCUCACAAGCAAACACGGUUGAAGACAAUCCAAACCACACCUGGCGCAUCUGAAUUUCGUGUGAUUACGUGUCUCCACAAUGAAGAAAAUGUAAACAGCAUCAUUAGCCUCCUCGAAGCAUCUAACCCAACUGAAAUAAGCCCCAUUUGUGCCUAUGUAAUCCACCUAGUGGACCUCAAGGGCAGUUCUGUUCCAGCACUCAUCCCUUUCAAUGCUAAGCAAAAAAGGAUUUUUAAGCUCAGCAACUCUCCUAGCUCUAAUCACAUUUUGCGUGCCUUUGAAAACUAUUCCAGGAAUUCCAAUGGUCCAGUCAUUGUCCAAGCUUUCACUAUGAUCGCACCCUACAUAGGCAUGCAUGAAAAUAUUUGUAGGUUAGCUCUAGAAAAACUAACCCCUCUCAUCAUCAUUCCUUACCAUGAAAACCAAAAACAUAUCGAAGGAAGCCUUGUUGCCACAUCCAUUCGAGGUUUCAAUGCUAAGUUACAAAGAUAUGCACCAUGUACCGUGGGAAUGCUUGUUGAUAGGGGCACACGUCGCAUGAACUCCAGUCAUUUUUCUUACAAUGUUGCGGUGAUUUUCAUCGGUGGAGAGGAUGACCGUGAAGCCCUUGCUCUUGCGGCACGCAUGUCUGGGCAUGCAGAAGUGAGUCUCUGUGUUUUGCGUAUUACCUUGCAUUGCAAGAAAGGGGAGGGGGAGGAGGAGGAGGAGGAGGAGGAGGAGCUGAUGGACGAGGCUUUGUACGAUGAGUUCAAAAUCAAGAACAUGGGUAAUGCAUGUGUGGUGUGUAGGGAGGUUGUGGCGGAUUGCAGUGCACAAGUUAUGGAUGCAAUUCAAUCAUUGGAGAGCAAUUACGACCUUGUGAUGGUGGGGAGGAGCAGACACCAAGCUAUGGAGCUAAACGACAUUGAAAUGCCACAACUUAAUUCAAAGAAUAUUGAGCACUUGGGAAUGAUUGGUGAUGCACUUGUUUCCUCGGAGUUGUUUGAGGGUUGGCUGUCUUUGUUGGUGUUGCACCGUUGUGGACGACCAGUUCAUAAGUAG